CAAGCCCUAAAACUUAGGGCCAACCAAUUGGACUACAGAUUCGAUUGGCAUUCUUCAACAAAUACUUAAAUUUAAAAUUAAUAAAUAAAAAAAUAAGUAUUGAAAAAAUUCUUCUUAAAGAGUCCGAUCAAAUUCGAUCGUAAAUGAAUCGAAAGACAAUUAAUUGCGGGUUGUGCCAGAGCCCUUGGAACACAAUUAAGCAAGGCGAGCUGGUGCUAGGUGUUGGCUCGUUAAGUUUUGGAGGCCUCACCACUGCGGACAGGCUACCAACGCGUAACAAAAGCCGUAUUACAUUUGGAAAGGGAUUACCGAGAUGUAAGCAGAUAUGGCCAAGAUGGCAUUCGAUGUUGCUCUUAAUAUAACAAGAGAAUAACACAUUUCAUAUUCGAUAGGGUUAGAAUAAAAUGGGAACAAUUGAUAUUCUUUAAUAUUGUUCACAAAAGUUUCACUCAGCGUAUCCUAACCAGCCAAUGAAAGGGAAAUGAGAAGAGAAUGCCGAAUGCCGAAUGCCGAAGAGUGAAAUGGGUCAACCACCAUAGCGCGUCUUGAGGGAUUCAGGUGG